GGAAGACGAACUUGAGUCGUCGUCUCCAGACGAAAGGACUUCGCGGUGAAGUAAAAAAUACAAACAAACAAAAACUAUGAACACUGUCGAAAAGAAGCUGGCGGACCUGAUGCGCGAACACCCGAAUCUGUACGAUCAAUCGCGGCGUGACUACAAAGACAGUCUGAAGGGGCAUUUGUCGUGGAAAGAAAUCGCCAGCGCCAUGGGAAAGUCGGAGGAAGAGGUGAAGCUCAAAUGGAAAAAUCUGCGCGACAAGUUCUGUAAAGCGAAGAAGCGAAUGGCCAAGAGAAACGCCCCCCCGGUGGACGACGAGGAGAACCCGGUGGAGAGGCCCGUCCCGGUGCUCUACAACCAGCUGGCCUGGCUGAGCGCAUAUGUCAAACCCAGAGAGGACACUGGCAUGGGAGAAAGCAACGAGGUAGCUGGAAGUGCUGAUGACCUGGAGAAAAAACGAGAUAAAGACGAGAAGGAGCAGCACUGUCCCCUGACAGUCGUUAGUACCUGUUUUCCUCUUGCAGAGUCCUGUCCAACCAACCAUCAGGAGAUGGGAGUCUCUCUUAAACGUAAAAGGCAGGCAACCACAGAAACUGAGACAAGUUCUUUAGAUGCACUCACCAACGUCCGAGAUGAGGAUGAACUGUUUCUUCUCAGCCUUCUGCCCUCACUGAAGAGGCUUACCAUUAAAAAAAGAAUGGAGGUGCGGAUGAAAUUCCAGCAGGUGCUUUAUGCUGCAGAGUUUGAGGACUAAAGAGCUCAAAAUGCACAAAUAAGUUGUUGGUGUUAGGAGUUGUUUUUGCCAUAUUUAUAAUUUAUGAUUCAUUCGACUUGUAAAUAGUUUUUUUUAACAAUUAGAACUUGUGAAUAUUUAUUUUUGGUACAUAAAAUAGGUCUAAUUGAUUAUGUAUCAAGAGCUUUGUGUACGGGUUUGAAAACAGAAAAAAUGUGUCUCAUUUUGAAUGUAGGUGAUGGAGCUGGUCAUUUCAUACUAGUUAUCAAACUAGAGUAACCAAAGAGUUAUUAGUUAAUUAGGUGCACAUGUACAAUGGCAUGCAGUGCAAUCAGAUACAACAGCCUCAUAAUAAUGCCCUCUUGUUUGAAGCGGAUAAUGUUCAUUCGUCUCAUUUUCAUCUCAUUUUUGAGGGUGUAUGUUGUGAUAUUGUUGUAUUAGACUGUAUUACUGCAUUCUGCUUUUAAAAUUUUUGUCAACUCCCAUUUAAGUAAAUGGAGCUAAUGGAGCCGUUAGACAAAACAUGUGCAUGUGUAUCUGUUAAACUGGUAACUCAGAAUAAUGAAAAAUAGUUAAUUUCAGUGAAACACUUUUAAAUGACUGCAAAUAUGAAAACAGAUGUUUUCUUUAACUUUUAAGCUACAAAUUGGGGAAGUUGUGAAGUUGGGAAAAUCAUUCAGCUUGCCAGUGCUGCCUCAUUCAUUUCAAAUAAUGAAUGAAUUUAGACAAUGUUCACUGACUGUGCAUAAAGAGUUCUCCUUUAUCUUUCUGAAAGGAUUCAUUCUACUGUAGAUACUUUACAAAUAAAUAUAAAUAAAUUAUUUUUGCUAGCUGCUGCUAAAAUGUGUUGGUGUCAUACAAUAUAGGCACAGUCGAGUGAUCCAGAUGUACAUGAAUGAUCACUCCAUUCAUAUAUUUCUGAUUAUAAUUUGGCACCUGCUCUUACUCAUAUCGACUGAGAUCUUUAAAGAAGCAGAGUAACAACAGAAAACAACAAAACCAAGAGUAAUUCAUGUCUCGUGAUACUGUCUAAGAUCUGUUUACAGUGAUGCUAGACACAAGAGAAAAUGAGAAUCUAUUUUCUCUGCAACAUGUUAUUUUUUUUUUUUCAA